AUGUCUGCGAUGACAGGGGCAAGAUCGCCGACGUCGCCCGCGGCUUUCUUCCCGUUAUCCGACUCUCGAGAAUCACGACCGUCCUCCUUUAACAAAAUUAGCCCGGCCAGCCCGCGGGAUUCGACAGCGGAAUUGCCGGAUUCCAAUUAUUUUUCAUUCAAUACGGAAAGCCAGAACAACAUCAUAAAAAACCGAGGAAAUCUCUCGCAUGCUCUUUCAAAUGAAAGUCCAGAAGGAAAACUCGUAUCUGGAAAACAGAUCGCCGAGCAGCACAAUCCCUUCUUCGCUGUUGCGGUUCCUGACCCCUCGGUCUACAGACUCGCUUUAAGUCGUCCUCUGGAGAAAGACGAUGCAAAUCCGACGAAACGCGACAGUAUCUCUACAGCAGGGCCGAGCGUCAGGCUGGUUUCGACGGAGGCUUGCGCAGAGCUCGUUGGCUCUCAUGCGCAUGAUCUGAUGCUGUUAGAUGUACGACCAUAUGCACAUUUCUCCCGGGGAAAUAUUCAAGGUGCACUAAAUCUGUGUAUCCCGACAACUCUACUCAAGCGCCCUUCAUUCGACACCAAGAAAUUAGCGAACACUUUCACCGACGAAGCCGAUCGGAGGAAUUUUGGCCGUUGGAGACAAUGCCGUUACAUAAUCGUUUAUGACGCCGCGACAUCUAACAUGAAAGAUGCUGCCCCUCUUGCCAAUGUGCUCAAGAAAUUCACGGCCGAGGGAUGGAAUGGUGAUGGCAUGAUUCUGACGGGAGGGUUCAAAGCGUUCUCCUCCAGGUUUCCCGAACUCACCCAGCAACAGCAACAAAAAUUGGCCUCUGGUACAAAACUGGAGAAAGGAUCUGCGAUGCAUAUCGACCUCCCGCAGUCUGCACCAGUUGCUGGUGGAUGUAAUAUACCCGAGUCUUCCAAUGCUGCGAUACCCUUUUUUGCGAACAUCCGUCAGCAUAUGGAUCUUGUCGGUGGUGUAGGACAAAUUGCGCUGAAGCAUUCAGAACAUUUAUCAGCAUCACAAAGGCGGUCCCUCCCACCUUGGCUACGUGAGAUUUCGGAUCCUGCAGAUCAAGGUCGCCUUGCUGCUUCGAGGUUUUUCGACAUUGAGAAGACCGAACUCGAGCGCAUGAAACAAGCAUUAUCAUACGACCAGGACAAUGAUUCUAGUCCGGGUAGACCCUCGUUCCCAAAAUACCGUGUUGCUGGAAUUGAAAAGGGCGCAAAAAAUCGAUAUAAUGACAUCUAUCCGUAUGACCACUCAAGAGUGAAACUCCACGACAUACCCCGUGGUGGAUGUGACUAUGUGAAUGCAAGUUAUCUCAAAGCCGAGUAUAGCGAGCAACAUUACAUAGCGACCCAGGCUCCUGUGCCUGAUACUUUUGAUGAUUUCUGGCGGGUCAUAUGGGAACAAGACAUUCGUCUUGUAGUGUCUUUGACUGCAGAGGUUGAACGGGGGCAAGUCAAAUGCCAUCCGUAUUGGAAAUCCGGAACAUAUGGACAAUUUCAUGUGAACAAUUUCUCCAAGAAAUAUAUCCCUCUAGAGGACUCGGCUGGUGGUAAAUGCGACGAUAACCCCACGCUUGUUGUCAGGCACUUUGGUUUGUCGCAUUCAGGCUUCCCGUUCGAGCCUUUGCGCGAAGUUACGCAAAUUCAAUACGCAGAUUGGCCUGACUUCGGUACCACUUCUCAGCCGAAGCAUCUCGUUAAUCUAAUUGAACAAUGUGAUAAAGUCCGGAAUGCAACGGCCAGUGCUGCACCAGGCAACCCAACAAGACCAGUUCUGGUGCACUGCAGCGCAGGAUGUGGCCGCACUGGAACUUUCUGCACGGUCGAUAGUGUUUUAGAUGUGCUGAAGCGCCAAUCCGCCCAACCAGAUGGGCACCACGAAGGGCGCUCUUUUGAUCAAUUGCUCGGCGGUGGACAGAUGGAUCUCGUUGCGAAGACACUGUCCGACUUCCGUACGCAGAGACCAAGCGUGGUUCAGAACCUAAGUCAGUUCGUGCUUUGUUACGAAAGCAUUCUAGAGUGGGCUACCACCCAGAUUGUCGAAAAGCAGCCCGGGAUAGCAAGAUAA